AUGCGAUCAAAUCCUAAUCAAUUCACCAAACUAACCCCUCAAGAAGUAACCCAAUACCUCAACCGACUAAACCUAACCCACUCCCAACUCCCAAGCUGUUCAAUCGAAACCUUAAAGCUCUUACACCUUAACCAUUUACUUUAUAUACCAUUUGAUACGACUUCACUCCAAUUACCAAAGAACUGGUGGAAAUCUAAUCAGAAUCACGAUGAUAAAAACGAAAAUGGAAAAGAAGAUGGAAAAGAAAAAGAAAAGGUUUGGGUAAAUCCAAUGAAGAAAGAAUUUGAAGGAGUUUUUUUAGAUGAGGUUGAAAGUUUUAAUAGGAUCAUUAUUGAAGGACGUGGUGGAUACUGUUUCAACUUAAAUUAUUUGUUCGCAAGAUUAUUAAUUACCCUAAACUACGAAGUAACUCUGCAAGGAGCACGAGUAAACAUGUACCGAAACUCAAAUCCAUCAACCCACGGACACCUUUGGUCACCAAUAACCCAUCUAACCUUAUUCGUAACCAUCCCAUCAAGUCCCAGAAAGUUUUUAUGUGAUAUAGGGUUUGGAGGUGGAUCUUCUGCUUUUCCUAUCGAAUUAAUUCCAGAUAUACCUAUUAAAACUUUAACUAAAGGUGAAGAAUUUAAAUUAAACUUUCAACUUUGUCCUGAUCUUGAGAAUGAGAAUGGAAAUGAAGGACAAAAAGCUUGGACUGUCGAAAGGUUUGUUAAUGGGUAUUGGUCUGCUUGUUAUCAUGUUUAUUUAAAUCCGUUAACUGUUUCGGAUUUAGAAGUUUAUAAUUGGUAUAAUUCGACUUGUCCAGCUGCUCAUUUUAAAUCAUUUAUGGUAGUAAGUAUCCUGAAACCAAACGGAUCAAGAAGAACUUUGACAGCUACUACAAACCCUGAAGGAACUCAUGAUCAAAUAAUCAAACUGUAUACAAAAGAAAAUGUUAUAUCAGAAGAAAGUGAUGUUUCAAUCAUCGAACCUAAUUUUAAUACGUUUUAUGAAACUCUUUGUAAAGAGUUCGGAUGGGGAAUUCAACUUGAUCGACGAUAA